UUUUCUCUUCCCUUUCCUCUUUUGUCUCUCCUCUCAGUAACCACUUCUCUCCUUUCCUCUACUCUACCAUAGCUUCCUUCACUUUCCUUAUCGUGUCUUGUUUGUGUCAUCACCUCUCUUUUUUUUCUCACCUACCUUCCCUUCCAGUUUCCUGUCCUCUCCUGUCUUUCUUCUUCUGUCUUUUAAUGCUGCCUUUCUGCUAUUCUCCCUGGUCCUCUUCUCUAUCCUAGUUUCCCGUCCUGUGCUUAUUAUCCUCUCCUCUAAUGAUUUAGUUUUCUUUCCGUCUCCUCUAUCCUUGUUACUUAUCUCCAUCCUUCUACACUGGCCCCUCUAUCGCUCUUCUAUGCCUGCCUCAUAUACCUUUAAGUUUACCCCCCUUUUUCCUGUCUUUUUUUCUUCUCACCCUUUCUCUUUUCCUUUUUUUCUCCCAUCUCCUUCACUCACAUCAGUAUAUCGAAUCUUUCCUCUUUUUCUUUCAUUCACUUUCCCGUUCUUUCCUGUCGUCCCCGUAUCUCUCGUCUUUCCUUUCUUCCACUUUCUCUCAAAUGUCCUCUUGUGCACCAUUUCUCCUGUCUUUCCUCACCUCCUUGCCUCACCCAUGUGUACCUCCUUCUUCCUCUCAUCUUCUAUAUUUCUAUUUCCUCUUCCUCCCACUCUUACUCAAAGUACCCUCAUCUCCUUACUAAUUCCUCCUUCUGAUCUCCCCCAUCAUCCUCCUUAAUCAAUCCUUCUCUCUUUACUUUCUCAUUCUCAUGGCCUUUUUUUACUCUCUCCCUCUCUCCUCUCACUGCAUCUCCUACUCAUCCCUUUCAUCUCUCCUCUCUGUUACUCUCUCUCCUCCUCAUCUCUUCUCUUUCCAGCAGCAUCCAGUGAACAGCAGCAGCAGCAGCAGCAGCAGCAGCAGCAGAGUCACUCUGCACGGAAACAACUCGCAUGAAAGUGAGGAGCUCUGCUUUUCUUCGUCUUUCCUCCAUAGUUUUUUAAUUUUUUGCUGCAUCUCUUCCUCCUCUUCUCCACACUCUUUUUCUCAUUCACUCUUUGAUUUCCAGUUAUUUUUGAUCUACUUUUAGAUCCUUCUUUCUGACACAGUGGUCUCUCGGGCAGUGCAGCAGUAUGAGGGUACUGUACAUUUUAAAAAGGGGGUUCUGUCCUUGAGUAGAGCCUUGUGCUUUUUAUAUUUAUUUAUUUGUUCUCAUUUGGUUGCACCUUAUUGGUUAUAAGUAGGCCAGUCUAGUAGCUUAAAUGCAGCAUGUAAAGCUCUGGGCUCAGAUGUGCUUAUAAAUGGAUAUUUUCAAAGGUAUGACUUUUAUUUUAAUCCUAACUUAAAUCAUGCAAAUCCUUCUUUCGGAAAGAAGAAGUGCAGCAGGAAUGCUGAGACGUAUGUCUUUAAAUCCAAAUAUGACAACAUAUUGACCACAGCUGCAGUGCUGUGAGGUUCUGAGAUAUGGGUGUCUUACAUCUUUUUUUUUUUAAGAUUAAAUAUCAACAUUUUGUGUAAAGGAGGUGAGAUUAUUCUUGGAUGCUUAACUUCUGUUACCAAAGAUACAGCUUAAUUAUUCUUUCUUUCACUGGCUUUACUCUCCCUCUUUCUCUCAUUCCAUUUCUUAUUUUGUCUUUUCUGUUAUUUCCUCACUGGCUGGCAUCGAGACAAUCCAUCUGCAGUGAAUCCGCUGGAGUUGAAAAAAAAUGGGGAUCAUACUGUCAGACAUUUAACCAGGAUGGACCUACAGGAUGUGUUCACUGAAAUGGCCACGAUGCCGGACAAUUUACCACCAAACUCUUCUUUGGAGAAUGUUAACCACACCUCGUCUUCUCUGGCCAGAUCUCCUCCUCUACCUCCUCACUCGCAGGUGGCGUCAGUGUUUAUCGUGCUUGUGGUCACGGUCAUCAUACUGGGGACUGUGGUGGGAAACGUGCUAGUCGUGGUGGCGGUUUUCACCAGCCGUGCCCUGAGGCCACCCCAAAACCUCUUCCUGGUGUCUCUGGCUUCGGCGGACAUACUGGUGGCGACGCUGGUCAUCCCCUUCUCCUUGGCUAAUGAGGUCAUGGGCUACUGGUACUUUGGUUCCACCUGGUGCUCCUUCUACCUGGCUCUGGACGUCCUCUUUUGCACCUCCUCCAUUGUCCAUCUUUGCGCCAUCAGCCUCGACCGGUACUGGUCUGUCACUAAAGCAGUCAGCUACAACCGCAAAAGGACGCCCAAAAGAAUUAAAUCUAUGAUCAGCAUCGUGUGGCUUAUAUCUAUAGUCAUCUCUUCGCCGCCGCUUCUCAUGACGCAGAACGAGGAGUAUUUGGGGUUGGAGGAGGCCGGCGACACACAGAGGCAGGAGUGUCUUCUCAACAACCAGACGUGGUACAUCCUCUCCUCCUGCCUUGUGUCUUUCUUCGCCCCAGGAGUCAUCAUGAUACUGGUGUACUGUAAGAUCUACCGUGUUGCAAAGCAGCGAGCUUCGACCGUGUUUGUGGCAAAGAACGUGGUGGAGCGGCAGCCAUCGCAGUCUGAGACCUGCUUUGACAUCAGUCCCAGGAUCGGACAAAGGAAGGGAGUGGGCUGCGGUAAAUCCAAAUAUGAGCUGGACAGUCCUCGGCCUGCAAACCAUCACAGCUCUUCCAACAUGGACAGCAACAGCAGCAGCCAAAAGAGAGGAGAACUGGAUGACAUUGACUUGGAGGAAAAGUGCUGCAAGGCCGACAUAAAAACGACCUCAUCGUUCUCCUCGGCUCUUCACUUUUCCAGGAGAGCCUGCGGAAAUGUGAAAACAGAGGAGAGAAAGGACGAAGAGGGAUCGUCUAACAGGUUGAUGCCUCCUCCUCAUCCACCUUCCUCCUGCGCCUCCAUUUCAUGGGCAUCAUCUGAGCACUGCUCCAACAACUUCCUCCUCCCUUCCCCAGGGCCUCACCGCAGCAGGCAGAUGUCUCUCUCCAAAAACAAAGUGGCACAAAUGAGGGAGAAGCGUUUCACGUUUGUUCUGGCGGUGGUCAUGGGUGUUUUUGUCCUCUGCUGGUUCCCGUUCUUCUUCACUUACAGUCUCCAUGCUGUCUGCAGGGACAAGUGCACAAUCCCCGAUACACUAUUCAACCUCUUUUUCUGGAUUGGAUACUGCAACAGCUGCCUGAACCCCAUCAUAUACACCAUCUUUAACCGAGACUUCAGGAAGGCCUUCAAGAAGAUUUUAUUCCAGACUAAUAAACGCACAUAA